AUGUCCAAGUCUAAAAUCCUUGAGCCCAGACGGCGAGCUGCCGGCGAGCAGUUUGAGCCUCGCCGUCCGAAUGAUCCCAGAUGGUCUGCACAGCAUGGCGAUCUUCGUUCAGAUUUGGGACCUAUCUUUCCCUUGGUCAACCUCUCCUACCCAGAAGGACUUGCCGCGGUGCAAUGCCAAGAGGACGGUAGCGGAGUGGCCAGCUACCCUUCAGGCAAGAAAGCGGUCUGCGUGUCAUCGCACCAUCAAUCGAGACGUUUCAGUGCCCUUGCUUAUGCCCGCUCCGUCUUCAGUGUCAAAACUGCUGUCUCCGAAACUUCUCCACAUUUCUGUUCUGCCAGCCCUGAAGACCCCAAGCGCGAUCGCGGUCGCACGAGACUUCUGGGGGCAAUGGAUGAGUGGGGCAUAGGGCUCUUUGAGACUCCACCUGAUGGGACGGGUUGUCGAGGCUCCUACGAAGUGACGUCAACCCAUGUCAUUGUGAUUACGUCCGGGCCGAACGGUUCGAAAACUCGCAUGAGCCGUGCGGCACUGGCAGGGGACACGACCUCGCUUGAUCCAUUAAGCUUGCGCCUUUGCCCGGAACUUGUGGUCACGUACAACCCAGCAAGUGGAACGACUUCACUGGAUUUCAACUCCGGAGGUGUGAGCUACACCUUCUAUGUUGGUGAAGUCUGGAAGCUCUCCUCCCGUGGAAAUGGAUUGCCAACCGCCACGAAUCCUCUAGAGAUCAACGGGACGAUCAACCUCUCUUCGCAGGCUUCUCUCGAUACCUCAUGCGUGAUCAUGACAGAAAGCGCGAGCUUACUGGACAAGACGCUCAAGAACAGCACCUCCUGUCUGAGUACGACCGCUACAAGUCUGCAUGAAACCUCGGCCCCAGCCGCGAAGCUGAAGAAGUCCGCGUCUGAAGGAACCAUGAGGCUUCCACUGGAGGCCUUCAAGCAGUUUGCAGAAGGGCGCAUCGACUUCACACAUGACCACCUUCUCAAGCAGAAUUUGGCAAACAAGGUCCAUCCAAAACUUGGAAGGCUGCCUAUUAAUAAGGCUCUGAAGGAAGGCUUUCUGUGGCCUCAGCCACACCCAGGCAAGCCCUACUCGGAACCCGUGGUUCUGAACCCGCCAGCUUCCCUGCAGUAUAUCCAAUGCCAUGAAGUGGAAAGCCGAGCCGGGAGCCUUGAGGGUGGUCAGUUGAUGGUCGUGCUGGUGGUGGCCAGCUGGGCUCGGAAGUCUCAGUACAGCUCCAGCUCCCAUGCCCAAGUCAUGGCCGAAGGUGCCUGGUCUGAACUAAAGGCAGCCGGAGACAACGUGCUCUUCUUCCUUACAGACUUGGCAGAAGCUGGUGCCAUCCACUCAGCUGGCAAGCACACGAAUCCCUUGGUCACCAACUACGGUGUUCGGGAGGCUCCCUGGCUCCUGAUGUUUGCGCGAGGUGAGCUCGUGUUCAGCGAGAACCCAACAGGCCCUCGGAACGGAGGGAUCGGCUUCGCAUCCCGAUUGCGAUAUAUGGCAUUUUCGAAGCCUCGUGUGCUUGUACUGGAGCCAGCGCCAUCAGCAUCCUCCAUGCAGAGUGCUGCCGCCACCGCUGUCGCCGAGUCAACCAAAGCCAUUAACAACUUCCAGCUGCAGCUCCAAACACAGGAGGUCUUGAAGAGGGCCCAUUUCGACUUCGACUUAGCAGUCACCACUGUGGAUGCGAUGAGAAUGGCUUUGACGGUGCAGCCAGCGUAUGGGAUCCUUCUCUGCAGCUCGGAAGUAGGUCCGACGGCCUUCUCGGAGCUCGCAUCGCGACUCAGAGAGCGGAACCCGAAGUCACUUGGAUUCAUCUGUCACGACAUUAAGUGCUUGGGGCCUUUGGAUGACUCCAUGCAGAUGCUUCUCAAGUCUGACUCCAAUCCGUUGGCUUCUGGGGUUCUGUUCCGACCUAUCACGAAGUCCUCGUUCGAGCGCGUCUUGGUUGGAAACCCGGACACGAGGAUAAAUUAUCCGACUUGCGGAAUGGUAAAGGAGGACCUGCUGCAAAUCAUUCGGAAGAAGUUAGGAGCCCUUUGA